AUGCCAUCACUCUCAGAAGUGUAUCGAGCCUACCCCGUUCACAUCCAACACAAGCACCCUGACUUGAACUCUCUACAAGAACUCCCUGAAUCUUACACUUGGACACAGCUCGAAGAGCACGCUAAUAAUCACCCUUCCAAUUGUAGCCCGAACGAGAGUGUUCCUGUCAUUGAUCUCAACGACCCAAAUGCUUCGAAGCUGAUAGGCCAUGCAUGCAUAACUUGGGGAGUGUACCAAGUGGUGAACCAUGGCACACCCAUGACUCUUCUCGAUGACAUUCAAUGGGUUGGGGAGACCCUCUUCUCCCUUCCCUCUCACCAAAAGCACAAAGCAGCUCGUUCCCCUGAUGGUGUUGAUGGUUAUGGCCUCGCUCGCAUCUCUUCCUUCUUCCCCAAACUCAUGUGGUCGGAAGGCUUCACGAUUGUCGGAUCCCCUCUUGAGCGUUUUCGCCAACUAUGGCCCCAAGAUUACAACAAAUACUGUGACAUUGUCAUGCAAUAUGAUGAAACGAUGAAAAAGCUAGCGGAAAGGCUGAUGUGGCUGAUGAUGGAAUCUCUGGGUAUUACAAAGGAAGACCUCAAAUGGGAUCAGUUCAAAAAGACUUGUGCUGCCUUGCAACUGAACUCUUACCCGACUUGUCCGGAUCCGGAUCGGGCCAUGGGCCUAGCAGCCCACACCGACUCCACCCUUCUCACAAUCCUUUACCAGAACAACAUCAGCGGAUUGCAAGUUCACCGGAAAGGCACCGGGUGGGUGACGGUGCCGCCAGUCCCUGGCGGGCUUGUGGUGAAUGUGGGGGACCUCUUCCACAUAUUGUCAAACGGGUUGUACCCGAGUGUGCUCCACCGGGUCUUGGUGAACCGGAUCCAGCAAAGGCUUUCAGUGGCUUAUUUAUGUGGUCCCCCACCAAACGUGAAGAUAUGUCCACAUGAGAAGUUAGUAGGUCCAAAUCAGCCUCCUCUUUACAAGUCAGUGACUUGGAACGAGUACCUUGGCACAAAAGCAAAACAUUUCAACAAGGCACUCUCAACAGUUCGGGUUUGUGCACCUCUUAGUGAUUUGUUUGAUGUAAACGAAACUCUCAGAAACAGUGAGCAAGUGGGCUAG